ACAGCUGCUUGAAGCCCCCCGAGAUUGCCAAUGGCUACCUGGAACACUUGGUUCGCUAUCGGUGUAAAACCCACUACAAACUACGUGCAAAGGAUCAUUGGUGGCUCACUGGAUGCCAAAGGCAGCUUUCCCUGGCAGGCUAAGAUGGUCUCCCACAAUAAUCUCACCUCGGGGGCCACGCUGAUCAAUGAACAAUGGCUGCUGACCACAGCUAAAAAUCUCUUCUUGGGUCAUGACAAUAAAACAAAAGCCAAAGACAUUGCUCCUACUUUAAGACUCUAUGUGGGGAGAACGCAGCUUGUGGAGAUUGAGAAGGUGCUUCUCCACCCUGACUACUCCGAGGUAGACAUUGCGCUCAUCAAACUCAGAGAGAAGGUGCCCACUGAUGAGACAGUGAUGCCCAUCUGCCUACCUUCAAAAGAUUAUGUGGAAGUGGGGCGUGUGGGUUAUGUGUCUGGCUGGGGGCGAAAUGCCAACUUCAUUUUUACUGAGCAUCUGAAGUACGUCAUGCUGCCAGUGGCGGACCAAGACAAGUGUGUACAGCACUACGAAGGCAGCACAGUACCCGAAAAGAAGACACCAAAGAGCCCUGUAGGGGUGCAGCCGAUACUGAAUGAGCACACCUUCUGUGCUGGCUUGUCCAAGUAUCAGGAAGACACCUGCUAUGGCGAUGCCGGCAGCGCCUUUGCCAUUCACGAUGAGGCUGAUGACACCUGGUAUGCGGCUGGGAUCCUGAGCUUUGACAAGAGCUGUGCUACUGCCGAGUAUGGUGUGUAUGUGAAGAUGUCCUCCAUUCUGGACUGGGUUCAGAAAACCAUAGCUGACAACUAA